AUGUCUUCGAAAUGGCCUCAUAGCGAAGUCACUUACGUCGGCAGCCAGAGUCCUGACUCCACUGAUUUAGAAAAAGGUCUCUCAGCUAACGCAAUACGACUGCAAGAGCUACCUCCUCUCAGUACUGGCGACGAGAAAACGAAUUCCGGAAUCCAAGUUCAAGCAUGUCUUUCGCCUAUAUCACCAAUUUGCGAAGGCAUCACCCCAUCCUCAAGUGUACCUGUACUGUCUCUGUUGGGUCCAGUGGGAGGCAAACAAACAACCAAAGUUGCAGUUCCAAAUCCGGAUAAUAAGAAGCGUCCCAAUCGAUGGAUCUUAUUCCAGCUCUGGUUCAAUACUUAUCGAAAGUUCUUUACCUUCGUCACGUUGCUCAAUUUGAUGGGGAUUAUUCUGGCGGCGCUGGGUCGCUUUCGUUAUGCUGAUAAUCACCUUGGUGCUUUGGUGCUCGGCAAUCUUCUGUGUGCGAUUUUGAUGAGGAAUGAGAUGUUUAUCAGGUUUCUGUAUAUCAUUUCCAUCCAUGGACUGAGAAGUGUAUGUUCUUUCCGUUAUCAUGUGUAAAGAGUGCUAAUAUAAUCUCGUACAGUGGGCUCCUUUGAGGAUCAAAUACGCGGUCGCCUCGAUUCUCCAGCACGUCGGGGGAAUUCAUUCAGGAUGUGCACUUUCCGGCACUGCGUGAGUUAGCCCCAUUGUCAGUGGUUAUCAAAUGAUGAAACUGACUUAACGACGAGAUGGCUGGUAUACAAAAUCGUCGACAUCAUACGACAUUACGCCCAUACACAUUAUGCCGUGAUUGCUACUGGGGUAAUCACAAAUCUCCUUGUCAUCAUCUCUGUCCUCAGCGCCUUUCCAUGGAUUCGCAAGUUGGUGUUUCAAUCUCCUUAUUUCGAGAUUGAACCAGGAACUAAGAUUUGUUCAGUUACCAUCAUAACGUGUUUGAGGGCCAUCAUCGAUUUAUUGGUUGGCUGGGUCUUGCGGUAUUCCAUCCCUCUCACACUCUUUCUGGGUUGCAGGUUUCUUCGGUACUGAUUUGUUUUAGGCGACCUGGUGUUUUGUCAUUCUGGGGAACAUCUAUGAUAUAAAACUCGGGAAAUGGAGAUUGGACGCCCACUCUCUGAUCGGGUUACAAGAACUCUGGUUCGCGGUAUUCAUGACAGUCUUGUAUGACCUCCCUUAAGCUGAGAAUAAUCUCGCUCAUCUUACUAAUACGAUUGUAGUGUUCUCAUACCUUGGUGUACGUUACGCCGAGUGCCAGUAGAAGUAGAAAUCGUAAGUCCCUUCUAUACUUUUGCUUCACCAAACCAUUCAAUAACAACUUUCAGCCAUCGCCUAAAGUCGCCGUUCUCCGUUUCAAUCGUGGGAUGCAACAAGGUCUUCUGGGAAGGAUCAGUCAUACCUCGAUCAUGGAGUACCACGCCUUUGGAAUCAUUAGCGAGGGGACAAAGUCGCCUUAUCAUUAUAUGAUUUGUGGUGUUCAAGGGGAUUUUACCAAGACGCUUGUUGCUGAUCCGCCUAAGUUUUUGUGGACUAGAGAAUUGAAGUUUGGUAGGUCGUGGUUCCCUUUUCCCUCAACGACUGAAGGGAUGUAUAUUGAUAUCUCUAGCUGGUGUUGGUCACGCAUCCGCGAUGUUCAAACGAGGAAUUCGAAUCUGCACUGGUACAGGAAUAGGGGCUGCACUAUCAACUUGUAUACAGAGUCCCAACUGGUAAUCUUCCACUCCCCUUUCCACAUUCUAUUUCAGCUAAAAACUUCCAACAGGUUCCUAAUCUGGAUCGGCUCCGACCAAGAAAAGACCUUCGGCUCAACAAUGACGAACCUCAUCCACUCCUACAUCGAACCCGAACGUAUGAUCCUUUGGGACUCCAAGAAACGUGGUGGACGCCCAGAUACAGUGCAAUUGUUGAAAGAUACGUGGGAAAGUUGGGGGGCUGAAGUCAUUUUCAUUACGAGUAACAUAAAGGGGAAUGAUGAGAUGAUGCAGGGGUGUCGUGCUGGUAAGUUUUCUACCACGUGUUGCCUAUGCUGAAGGGCAAGUGGAUGGCUAAGAAAGGAACUGUGCUGACUUUUUGUGGUAAAGCUGGAUUACAUGCUUUCGGGACGCUGUGGGAUUUUUAA